AAAUAAAUUAGUUCAAUUAGUUAUUUGGCUUUGAAGUGAGCGCAGGAAAGCCACCAUGGAGCUGCAGCACAGCACCAAUCACAACCAAGCCCUGUGGAGAGAGAUACCAUGGGACUUCACUGACUGCUCGCUCUCGGUGAGCGGUACCACUCUCCUCAUCAUUGCUUACAGCACAGUGAUGGCAGUGGGUCUCAUUGGGAACUCCUGCCUCGUGUUUGUCAUCACGCGGCACAAGGAGAUGCACAACGUCACCAACAUCUUCAUUGCCAACCUGUCUUGUUCAGACAUUCUUAUGUGCAUCAUAUGCCUGCCGGUCACUAUUAUCUACACGCUGAUGGACCACUGGAUCCUCGGGGAAACCCUCUGUAAGCUCACGCCCUUCAUCCAGUGCAUAUCAGUCACCGUCUCCAUCUUCUCCCUCGUCCUCAUUGCCAUGGAGCGCUACCAGCUCAUUGUCCACCCGACCGGAUGGAAGCCCAUGGUGAGCCAAUCCUACCUGGCAGUGGCCAUCACCUGGAUCGUGGCCUGCCUCAUCUCGGUGCCUUUCCUCUCAUACAGCGUACUCACCUUGCCUUUCCAGAACCUGAGCCUGCCCUUCCCUGUCAGUGACCACUAUGUUUGCAUGGAGUCGUGGCCGUCAGUUCAAGAGCGGCGAGCUUACUUCACCUCCCUGCUCAUCUUCCAGUACUUCCUUCCUCUGGUCCUCAUCAUGGGCUGCUACCUGCACCUAUUCCUGCGCCUCAGGAGGAGGAAGGACAUGGUGGAGCGCGGCAAGAACACCACCCAAAAGAAGAACAAGGGCUCUUUGAGGAUCAACGCCAUGCUGAUGUCCAUAGUGGUGGCGUUCGCCCUGUCCUGGCUCCCUCUCAACAUCUUCAACACAGUGUUCGACUGGUACCACGAGGCCAUCCCGUCCUGCGGCCACGACAUCAUCUUCUCAUUCUGUCACCUCACGGCCAUGAUCUCCACCUGUGUCAACCCCAUCAUCUACGGUUUCCUGAACAACAACUUCCAGAAGCAGCUCAAGUCCACGCUGUUGCGCUGUCGCUGCUGGGGGGUGGCAGAGAGGUACGAGAGUGUCCCGCUCUCUACUGUCAGCACAGAGGUUACCAAGGGGUCGGUCCUGAGUAAUGGAUCUAUCAGCAUCAAUACUUAA